AAAUGUCGAAUGCAAGUGCGGUGCGCUUUAAUCUUCAAUCUACUUUUAAUAUUGUUUAUUUGUAUUAUUUUAUGGUGCAGCUGAACAUCUAUAAAGUACUGGACAUGAGUGUGGAGUAAUGGAGUUUGGUUCAAGGAGAGGACACGGAAGUAUAAAUUACUUGAAUAUGUCUAUAUAAAUAUAUAGACAUAGAUCUCUAUAUACUGAAUAACUUGGUUUUGCUGCCCAGUACGGAGAAAAGUGCAUCAGAGAAAUUGGGCAGAGGGACUUAUUUUUUGACGUACUUGGCGAGUGCAAUUAAUCGCGACAACGAGCAGUAGACGUAUCAACAGGACUCAAUCGUCCAAACUCAUAGUGCAGUAAGCAAAAUUCUAUAUUCUUUUAAUAAAUUUGAAGAAAUGUGGCUGAAGAAUGGAGAACUUCAAUCAUGGACUACAGAUCAUUCAUAGUAUAAUUGUAAAGGCAAGUUCGCUUACAUUCAUAAGAAUGGUGGGUAGUGUACCUAGUGGUUGGAUGAGACGAAUCCUUCUCUUUCUUGUCAUACUGACCGGAAUCCUGCUCAUCGCCAUGUUCGCACAUACACCACCACUAGCCUCUCUGCAACCAUUUACCAUACACAGAACUUUCCAAAGCCCAUGGUCAUGGGCAUGUGUAUCUGGAAGGUGCGAGAGGCGUGCAGUACACAGCUCACGAAUAUCUUCUUCGACAUGUUCAGCUUUAUGCGGAGGUAAUACGCGAUUGAUCUGGCCAAGGCCUACUGGACUCGUUGAUCUUCGCUCUGAAAACGUCGUUUUUCAUUGGCAGCAGGUUGAAAUUGCUACUGUCAAUACCAGUAAUCAAGAAGUAAAAAAUCUGUUAGAACACGCUAAGGAUGUAUUUUUGGGUAAGAGAAAUGUAAAAAACCUAAUGCGAGUAUCUAAUGCCAAAAGUCGCUCAGCAAUUGAUAGUUUUAUCAUCUAUAUUAGUGCUGGUUCAGCUUCUAAUACACAAUUAUCGUUAGACACUGAUGAAUCAUAUCAUCUUCAAGUACUUACAAAAGGCAAACAUCUAGAGGUACGAAUUAUUGGGAAAUCUUAUUAUGGUGUACGACAUGGCCUUGAAACUUUUUCGCAAAUGAUUUGGUGGGAUGAAAAUUGUGGUAGACAAGGAUGCCUACGAGUUUUAUCACAAGCGAGCAUCGAAGACAAACCAGUAUUUUCAUAUCGUGGUCUUCUGGUCGACACCGGUAGACAAUUCUUUAGUCUCGAACAGUUGAAACGUGUGAUAGAUGGUAUGUCUGCGUCGAAGUUAAAUACGUUUCAUUGGCAUUUAACCGAUUCGCAGAGUUUUCCCUAUGAGUCAGUUCAAUUUCCAGAGAUGGCCAGAUGGGGCGCUUAUAGUGGAGAAGAAGUUUAUACACCUGAAGACGUAAAAGAACUCGUGACGUACGCUAGAAUCAGAGGAAUCAGAGUCUUAAUUGAGAUUGAUUCACCAGCUCAUGCUGGUGCUGGUUGGCAAUGGGGUUUGGAACGUGGAUUAGGUGAACUUGCUCUGUGUAUAGAUCAACAGCCUUGGUCAGCAUAUUGUGGCGAACCAAAUUGCGGUCAACUCAAUCCCAUUAAUGAAAACUCGUAUAAAAUCCUGGAAAGCCUAUAUCGAGAACUACUCGAUUUAACAGGAGUACGAGAUAUAAUUCAUCUUGGUGGUGACGAAGUCAAUCUCGAUUGUUGGGCCCAAUAUAGUAAUAUUAGCGCAACUAUGCAAGCACAAAACAUAACGGACUACCACGUGCUGUGGGCUGAUUUUGAAAAGAAACUAUACUCUCGAUUAAUUAAGGCGAAUCACGGCGAAGCACCAAAGGCUGUAAUUCUCUGGAGCUCACCACUGACUAAACGGCCAUACGUUACGCAAUACUUUGAUUCAUCGAUCCAUGUAAUACAGUCUUGGGGUGGCAGCACUUGGCCUGAUACACCAGACCUUUUAGAGGAUGGCUUUCGUGUCAUUCUGUCGCAUGUUGACGCUUGGUACUUAGAUUGUGGUUUUGGUAAGUGGCGUGAAGCUGGAGAAGCUGCUUGCGGGGAGUAUCGCACCUGGCAAACUGUUUACAAUCACAGACCAUGGAGGGAUUAUCCCCUGCAGCAGCAACAUUUACUAUUGGGUGGAGAGGCCACCAUUUGGAGCGAGCAAUUGGGACAAGCGUCUCUUGGACCUCGACUAUGGCCCAGGGCGUCGGCUCUCGGCGAAAGAUUAUGGAGCGACUUGCCAUCUAAUGGAUAUUCAACAGACGAGAGUGUCUAUACUAGAUUAGCAGUACAUAUUGAAUUAUUACGCUCUAGAGGCAUAAGAACAGAAGCAAUGUGGCCACACUGGUGUACACAGAAUCCUGGAAAAUGUCUAUGACCCUUAAUAAAACAAAAUGUUAAAUAUAAUUCACAAAUCAACAUUAUCUAGUUGAUACAUAAUUGGGUUAGCAGAUAAGGAUUCGCUAAAAGCCUUAGAAUAAUCAUAGAACUUUUUUAAUUAAUUCGCCCAUUGAUAUUAAUUAUAUUAUAUGAAAACCGGAAAGAUAUAAUUUACUCAUACAAGAAUAAGUCUACAUUUAAUAUACUCAAGCGUGGAGUGUUUUACAAUGUGCAUAGUGAUAUUAAUAAAUAAAAGCUAUAUAUAAAUUUA